AUGUCCACCGCAUCCAAGCUCACCCUUCUGGGCACCACCGCCGGCGCCAUCGGCAUCGUCAUCAUGGUGCAUUACCAGCAGAAGGCCGAGAAAGCGGCCAUGCACGCUGGCGUUCUCCGUGACCUCGAACAACAAAAGCUGAAGCGCGAACGUAUGCUCGACUUUGAAAUGCAACGGAAAUUGGAGGAAGAAUACCGGAAAGUCCAAACGGUCUCGGAUGGAAGACAAGAUAUAUCAUAG